AGGUAAAUAAGGAAACUAAGGCCUUAAACACAGGUCCCAUCAGAGAGGCAUGAAAUAAUUUAACUUCCUCUUAGAUGCUGCCCUUUCCUUGACUCAAGUUAUUAACAUUUUUCAGAAUGGCUUCCUUGGUUGACAUGCCCCUGAAUUACGAAAAGAUGUUUGCUCAUCGAUUCACAUCAGAUGACGAAGAAUACCAGGAAUAUCUGAAACGCCCUGCAGAUCCCCCUCCUAUAGUUGAAGAAUGGAGAAACAGAUCUGGUGGUAACCAGAGAAACAGAGAUCGGUUUCAAGAUGGUAGAUAUUUUAGAGGGGACAGAUACAACUGGCAAGGUGACUAUAGAUCUAAUCAGAGGCCAGAAAGAAGUUGGGGUAAUAACUACCAGCAGCACAGACAAGGACAAUCUUACUCCUCCCACUACGGACAAUACAGCUACAACUCCUACAACCUGGGGCCUCGUUACCACCCCUACUGAUGAUGCUUGUGGUCUGACAGUCCAGUAAUGCUAUGUAACAAAUUCAGUUAGGCUUCAGUUUCUUUGUUUUUCCGCAGUUUUACAGAUAACUGAAGAAUCAGCAUUACAGCUCAUUGUUUAUCUGUAGUAUGAACCAAAAAAGGGAAUACCUUUUAUGAAUAAUAAAAGCAUAUUAUAGGGUGUUUGUUUAGGGUCAGUAGAUCUUAGAUUAAAUUUGAAUCUCAUUCAUUUGUCUGAAUACAUACUAGCACACUUUUCUUUCAUCACUGCGAUUUCUCUCUGUUCCAUUUAAGAAGGGAUAACAGGUCAGAGAAAAACAGCUGUGGUUUGUGUGCAGCCUGUAGCAGUGGCACGUUGCCUUAAGAUAGUUCUUUUUGAAAGUGUCAUGCUGUGUCUCUCUGGAGAGAGUUUCUUACUUUGGCUUUUGAUAGUGAGAAAAGAUCAGUUUGGUUUGUAUUUCUGAUGCCUUAAAACUGCAAAGAGAGAUGCUAUUACAGAAAUAUUUUAUGGGGUCGGCCUAAUGUCAGUUGACUUAAUGGCUUCAAUUUACAUUACAACAGCAUUCAUUUACAACAGCAUUCCUGUUAAAACAUGGUCUAAAAGUUGGAAUAAAAAUGAAGUAGUUUAAAAAUGUAUCUUGUAGUGGUUUAGUGAUACAAGUUUUACCUGAGAAGUGAUAUCAGACACAGAAUAAUUUGUAUCAUCCUAAAAUCUAUUUAGUACGUGCAUAACAGAUUUUUGGAGUUCCCAUUUCAGUAAAGCUGUAAAAUUUUGAUGAUAGUUGUAAUUAGUUUGUAUUAAAUACUCUGUGUGUGUUGUAGAAGAAAGGAACCCGAAUCACUACUGUUCUGUUUGGUUUUUUUUUGCAUGAGAAAAUAGUGUAAGCAGCGCGGAGUGUUACUCAGUUCUUAGAAUUUAAGUUCUGUGGGGUUUUUUUAAGUAUUCACACAAUAAAAUUAUAGUUCACGUGUAAGGAUGUUUCUGAAUAUUUCUGAAUCCUACUUUUGAGACAUUCAGACUCUUACCAGUGUCAUCAAGGCUGAGAGCCGCCCAGGCAGCAGCACUGCUGGGUAAGUGGUUAUACCGGACAGCUGUUGGCUUAAGUUUGAAGAAUGGCCUGCUCUGCUACAACAAGAGGAUGAGGCACAUUGUGAUUAAGCAGAAGUCUGGAGUGUUAAUCCGCUACCUUACACUCUACUAUAAUAGGGUCAGAGUUCUCUAUUUCACCAUUUACGUGCUGAGCUAAUUUGUAUCAGGAGGGCAGUGCGUUUCCGUGCGCUUGGCAUUUCCUUCAGCUGUUGUGCAGAACCGUCUGUGCUGGCUGUUGUAAAAGUCAUGACAUUAUGGGAUAAAGAGAGCAAAUUAGUGCAUCUUGAUUUAAAAAACAAAGAAUAAAUAUAGAAGUCAAAAGCACAGUCUCAGCUCAUAAGAUGGUUUUAAGAGCUAAAGAGUAUGUUUACUGUUGGUGUUAGGAACGCACUGCAUGGAGCUUUUACACAGUCUGUGAUACAAAAGCCAUGACACAAGCACCUCCACCUACUUAAGUAUGUCUGUCUUCUGUUUUUCAUAUAAUACUGUUGACUCACACAGUUUUUGAUAUCCUAUUCCCUGAAGUAUUUGCCUUGAAUUCAGUUGUUUGACCUUAGAAAUCUUCUAGCGAGGGGUUUGUUUUCCCUUAAGGAGUUGCACUGGAUGAAACGCAGCCUUUGUAACCCUCCAACAU